GCUGACACAAUUUUCCUAAAUUUUAAAUCUUUUGCGUCAAUAUUUUAAAUUCUGGGUUUUGGUGCAAACCCAGAGUACAUAUUAUUCAAUUGGUACUAUCUUCCUCUCUGUCUCUCUCUAAAGUUUCAAUCUUUCAUUGUAUUCUUUUCCAUUUACAUGGUUUUCUGUUGCCUGGAAUCUUCUGGUUCGCGGUUCAGCCCUUCACUUUCGGAAUAAGCCAUUCCAUAUAUAAAAAGGUGCUUAUACAGAGCUUGAGAGUGAAGAAGAAGGAUUGUUUUGUGAUAAUUUCGUGCAACUAGUUCUGGGGUAUCGCGGACGAGACUUUUGAGAUAUGUUAUCCAUUCAGAAGUGGAAAUGCUCAUGGUCUUUGGCAGCAGCAAUUGCUUCUAUUGUCGCAUUGGUUUCAGUAGUUCAUCUAUUUCUGUUUCCUUUCGCGCCCUCUUUUGAUUUCUUAAGGCAAUCCCAGAACUUUUGUAUCCCAGUUAAUGGAUCAUCUGAAGAUCUACAGCCAGCAGCUGACUUAGACCAUAGGUUUCCAGCUGGCUUACACAAGGAGGUUAUCUAUCGUGGGGCACCAUGGAAGGCUGAGAUUGGGAGGUGGCUUUCUGGUUGUGAUUCCAUUACUAAGGAAGUCAGCACUGUUGAGAUAAUAGGUGGAAGUAACUGCAAGAAUGAUUGUAGUGGUCAAGGAAUUUGUAAUCGUGAAUUAGGACAAUGCCGGUGCUUUCAUGGAUAUAGUGGAGAAGGAUGCGCCGAAAGACUGCAGUUGCAAUGCAACUACCCAAAAUCACCAGAACUACCAUAUGGGCGAUGGGUUGUCUCAAUGUGCCCUGCUUCUUGUGACACAACAAGAGCAAUGUGCUUCUGUGGGGAAGGUACAAAGUACCCAAAUCGUCCAGUGCCAGAGGCAUGUGGGUUUAUGGUGAACUUACCUACUAAACGUGGUGCUCCCAGACUGACUGAUUGGGCGAAAGCUGACCUGGAUAUUUUUACGACCAAUGGUAGCAAACCAGGAUGGUGUAAUGUUGAUCCAGCUGAAGCAUAUGCUCAAAAGGUGAAAUUCAAAGCGGAAUGUGACUGUAUUUACGAUUGCCUCUGGGGGCGGUUAUGCGAAGUGCCCGUGCUAUGCACUUGUAUUAAUCAAUGUUCUGGACAUGGGCAUUGCCGGGGUGGAUUUUGUCAGUGUGACAAUGGAUGGUAUGGAAUGGAUUGCAGCAUUCCAUCUGUUAUAUCAUCUGUAAGAGAGUGGCCUCAAUGGCUUCGACCAGCACAGGUUAAUGUUCCUGACGAUAUAGAUCUCACAGGGAAAGUUGUCAAUCUAAAUGCUAUGGUGAAAAAGAAAAGGCCCCUAAUUUAUGUUUAUGACUUGCCCCCAGAUUUCAACAGCCUUCUCCUUGAGGGGCGCCAUUUUAAGUUACAGUGUGUAAACAGAAUAUAUGACGACAAGAACGCAACAUUGUGGACAGAUCAGCUGUAUGGCGCUCAGAUGGCAAUUUAUGAAAGUAUCUUAGCUAGUGCUCAUCGAACAUUGAAUGGUGAAGAAGCAGAUUUUUUCUUCGUUCCUGUCCUUGAUGCAUGUAUAAUAACUCGCGCAGAUGAUGCUCCUCACUUUAGCAUGCAGGACCAUAUGGGCUUGAGGAGCUAUCUCACCCUGGAAUUAUAUAAGAAGGCUUAUGAUCACAUUGUUGAGCAAUUUCCUUACUGGAAUCGCUCAUCAGGAAGAGACCAUAUUUGGUCGUUUUCCUGGGAUGAAGGUGCUUGCUAUGCCCCUAAGGAGAUAUGGAGUAGCAUGAUGUUGGUACACUGGGGUAACACAAACUCGAAGCACAAACAUUCCACAACAGCCUAUUGGGCUGACAAUUGGGAUAGAGUUCCUUCAAGUAGAAGGGGCAACCACCCAUGCUUCGAACCUGAUAAAGACCUUGUGCUCCCUGCUUGGAAACGUCCUGAUGUUAUUUCAUUAAGCUCAAAACUUUGGGCUAGGCCCCGAGAGAAGCGAAAGACACUGUUCUAUUUCAAUGGAAAUCUAGGACCAGCAUACCAAAGGGGAAGGCCAGAAGCUACAUAUAGUAUGGGUAUCAGACAGAAAAUAGCAGAAGAGUUUGGAUCAAGCCCUAACAAGGAAGGCAAGCUUGGGAAACAGCAUGCAGAAGAUGUAAUUGUCACACAACUACGUUCUGACAAUUAUCACGUGGAUUUAGCCAGUUCUGUUUUCUGUGGGGUAUUUCCUGGAGAUGGUUGGAGUGGUCGUAUGGAAGAUAGUAUUCUGCAAGGGUGCAUUCCUGUGGUCAUUCAGGAUGGGAUUUUCCUGCCAUAUGAGAAUGUGCUCAACUACGAUAGCUUUGCCGUUCGGAUCCAUGAAGAAGAAAUUCCAAAUAUGAUAAAGAUUCUCCGGGGAUUCGAUGAGACAGAAAUAGAAUACAAGCUGGCCAAUGUGCGGAAAACCUGGCAGAGGUUCUUGUAUCGUGAUUCUAUUAUGCUUGAAGCUGAAAGGCAAAAAUCUGCUUUUGGCCGCGUUGAGGAUUGGGCAGCCGAGUUCAUGAAAUUAAUUGAAGAUGAUGUCUUUGCAACAUUUGUACAGGUUUUGCAUUACAAGUUGCAUAAUGACCCUUGGAGGCGACUUGUUCAUCCAGAGAAAGAGUUUGGGUUACCUAGAGAAUGUUUGAUGAGAACCAACUGAAGAACUCUGGUCAAUUUUAAGAGAUUUCUGCAGCUGAAGGGCUCAUGAGUUAUAUAACACAAGAAGACAAGAAGACAUGACCACUCUCUUUAUCUUUCUCCUGAGUCCAGAUUCAAAGAAGCACCUCAAUGCUCCAACAGUUGGCCUGAAAUUCAAGUUCUCUGAUUGACAUUCCAAGCAAAAGCCAAUUUGGUAAUUCAAAGAGACAAAGAAUUUCCCUUUGUUCUUCUUCUUCUUAUUAUUAUUAUUUUCAGAUUAAUGCAUACAUGUGAAUACGUAUUUACGUCUUCUUCCAGCUCAUUUUAUUCAGUAAACAAUUGAAUAAGCUAAGUCAUAAGAUUAAUUCUAUUCAUUUAAUUGUUGUUUACAUUAACAUUUAUGGAAGCAAAAAUAUGAAGUGGUGUAACGAAUACUAUAAGUUGAUGUGUGAA